AACACGUACACACGGGCCGCUAUCCCUCCUCCCCCGGUCUGACUCCACGGACUGCCCCGCUCCCCUCCUGUCGGAACCCCCCCGCCCGCUGUCCGCAGCCACCAGGUUUCUUGCGAGUUGUCACCUCUUGCUGACUUCCUGAAGAAUCUCAAAAUUAGAAGGGACAACACUGGUGCAACACCAGAAUCUUUACUAGUCACAAGUUCAAAGACAAAAGGAGCAACUAGACUGUCAGCAGGGCAGGACAGACCACAUGAACAUAAUGUAGUUGCAGUUGACUGCCACUGCUGAUUUUUCUGACUGAUUGUGGAUUGAGGGAACAAUGGAGAAGGUUGGGGAGGAUCUAAACCUCUCCUUUCUGCUGGAGCAUGAAAGAGAAAUGAUCCUGAAGGUGCUGCAGAAAGACGAGAAGCUGAGGAAACGAGAGGAGAAGAGGAUUAGGAAGCUCAAGAAUGAGCUGCUGGAAAUUAAACGAAAAGGUACCCGUCGGCCCCAAGAGCCCCCCGAGAGACAAUGUGCUCGCUGUCUAAAGACUUUGGGUCUGAUCUUUGAUCGUGGAAACCUCUGCGAGGAGUGUCAGCUGCGUGUCUGCAGUGAAUGUUGUGUUACAGCUGCCAGGUCGCGCCACUGGAGGUGUAAUGUCUGUGCCAAGAUCUCGGAGCUGAAGGUGGUGACUGGAGAAUGGUUCCUGGAGGAGCGGUCCAAGCGUUUUGAGCAGAAGCUGUUGAGCAGUGAUGUCAUCAAACAGACCAUCCUGAGCAGCCCGCCAACCACAGAAAAGAAGCUCUCGGAGAUUCCAUCAGCUUUGUCAGAGCCAGAGAAACCUGACACUCCAAAAUCCAACAGAAGUGCAGUACGAAACAUCAUGGAUGGUGCCAGAAAGAAAGGACGGAUGAAGAUGGAUAAGAAAAGCAGUCGGCCCACCCUAAAGCCAGAGAAUGGAGUUGACAGCCUCAGUGUCAAGUCUGCUUCAGGUGGAGAAACUCAAAGCGUUCGAAGUGUUCGCUCUACUCCGAGCCCACAUUCAAACAGGGGCGGUGCAGUAGCUGUGGAGUCUUCAGGGAUUCCCACUGUACCCAACAACUUACGAUCCCUAACUCUGGACAAAUCAUCCGCUCCCAGCGACAACAGGAGGGUCAGGCCUGAUGGAGCAGAAAGCGUUGCAAGUUUACACUCCAGUGACAGUGCUUAUGAGAAGAAGGCAGAUGGCCAUCAUCGGACGAACUCUGGCACCCCGACCAUCUCUGUGUCUCAGGCUUCUGUCUCAUCAGAUCACAGCCGCUCAGAGAUGGACUUGUCAGCUCCAGGCUCUGAAGCCAGUGAUGAUGCCCUCAGUCUCAGAAGUCGCUCUGUCCCUGGGCUUAAUGAAGCAGAGUUCUCAGAUGAGGAUGCAGAAGAAGACAUUGAUGCCCUGAUGUCAGCCCACAGCACAACUGCCGGCAGACGCCUCAGCAACGCCGUGUCAACGUCCUCUACUCCUGGCUCUGAGAGAAGGUGGGGGUUCCUUAAUGUCCCUGACUCGGAUGCUGAGACUAGUAGCAUUAACAGCAUGAUGAGCAUGUACAGUGAGACCGGUGACUAUGGCAACGCCAGGGUUAGUGGUGAAAUCCUCCUGAACAUCAGCUACAGCUACAAAACAGGUGCCCUGAAUGUCCUGGUUAAAGAAUGUCACAACCUGGCAACAGGAGACGAGAGGAGGCAGCGCACGGAUGCGUAUGUGAAGACUUACCUGCUGCCAGACACAUCACGACAGAGCAAGAGGAAGACCAGCAUCAAGCCCAACACCAUUAACCCUGUUUUCAAUGAGAACUUGAGGUACGUGAUCAGCCACUCGCAGCUGGAAACGAGAACCCUGCAGGCGUCUGUGUGGCAUCAUGACCGGUUCGGAUACAACAGCUUUCUGGGAGAGGUUGAGCUGACAUUUGAUUCAUGGGAAUUUGAUUCCCAGAUAGAGGAAUGGUACACUCUGCAGCCCAAGGUGGACAGCAUUGCAGACGCCACAAUGCAUUAUAAAGGAGAACUCACUGUCGUGUUGAAGUACAUUCCUGCAGAGAAGAACCUCAUGCUCCCUCUGGACCAAGUUCAAGUGAAGAAGAGUUUCCUGAAAGGCAAGAAGACGAGCAGUUUCACUCCGCCUAAAGGGGGCAUGGUGGAGCUUUUGGUCAAAGGAGCCAAAAAUCUAACUGCUGUCAAAUCUGGAGGCACUUCUGAUCCUUUUGUUAAAGGGUAUCUCCUCCCUGACAGCAACAAGGCAACCAAGCACAAGACUGCAGUGGAGCGGCGCACCGUGAACCCACAUUGGAAUCAUACCUUCACAUACUGUGGCCUGCAGCCCGGAGACCUUAACAACAUCUGCUUGGAGCUCACUGUGUGGGACAAAGAAGCUCUGGCCAGCAACGUCUUUCUGGGAGGGGUCAGGCUAGGAGCUGGCACAGGUAAAAGCUACGGGAAUGAGGUUGACUGGAUGGACUCAUAUGGGGAAGAACAACGGGUUUGGCAACGCAUGAUCGAAAACCCAGAAGUUCCUCACGAGUGUACUCUGAUGCUGCGGUCUAGCAUGCGCAAGUGUAACAUGUGAGCACAAUCAAAGCACAGAGAGGGUAAACGAGAAUAACAGAGGGAGAAAGAAGACGGAGAAGUGGUCUGAAGGUUCAAGGACAGAGCCAGAUUUUUUGAACAGAAAAAAAAGACAAACCAGUAACGUAAAUGCUCAUAAAGGACCACAGACCAUCCCUCUCUGUACUUUUCUUGCUUAUUCAGAUCCCUUCUCUCGUCCAAAACAGCCAGUCAUGCCUUACUCACUCAUACACUUGCGCCCCUCUACCCUCCAAAGUGUCUAGUCUUGACCAAGCACUGCUGCUGUUUAUUGUUGUUCAUUAAAAAUCAUCAUUGUAUGUAACUUCCUGUAACCUCUAAAUAAGCACAUGGUGACUCCUGAUGUGUACAUCCUUGUCUUGUAUGUGAACCAUUAUUGCAUGUAGCUAGAGAUGAUGGAGAACAUUAGACAAGGCAACAAUCAGUGAUAUAUAAACUUUGCCUUUAUAAGUAACUAAGCAGCAUGAUGAUAUAAAGCACAGGAUUAUGUUUCAUUAACAUUAGUGUACAGAGGUGGAAAGUGACUAGAUCAUGCACUACUGUGCAGCUCAAGAGGUUCUCUUAUUUGACUAAUAAAGAUACACUUGUGCUAUUUAGCAUCUUAAAAGCAUCUAAAAUGUAUCUCUGUGCCUCUCCAAAUCAUUUUUCUUUCAUGGGGUUUCUUUAAGAUAAAGGGAAAAGAUUAAUUGAAUAAAACAUAAGUCUUGCCUUUCAAAAGUUACAUUAUAACAUGGCACAAAAUACUGGUAGUGACAGGAGGAAUAUUGAAUUUUAAGAUGUAUGUACAUAUAUAUUUUUUUAACUGUGGCUGUAACAAAUUUUUUUGAUUAACAAUCAACAAAAUUCCAGAAAAUUCAUUCAAACAUGUACAACCAAUAGUAUAUUGUACAACCCCAAAUUGCUGCUAGGUUUUGCAACAUUAGCAUGCUAAAGUUAACAGGAAGGGAGCAUUUCAGUUUCAGACCACCUUGUCACUAACAAGAUGGUCACCAUGUAAAAUGGGAUGAUUUAAGUGUCAAAACUCUUAAUGUUUAGACAAAUUAUGACAUUUAAUAUUAACUUUUGUGAUGUUUAUCAAUUGUACAAUUGGAAGACCAUCAAUGAAAAUAUACAUUAAGUGCGGUUCAUUAAAUUUCAUUCAAGAGUCAUGUUCAGUUAAAUGAACUAAUCAAAGGCACAAAUAAAUUUGACAGCUGCUAUGAUGGGGCUUUGGGCCACAUGUUCGAUGCUUGUUGUUUAACUGAUCACACCUUUUCUACAUGAAUUUUUAAUGUUAAAAAAGCCUAAAGCAGUGUGGAUUACAACAGCACGGUACAGCUACUGUAAACAUCUGUCUGGACACAGCUGUUAAAAAAAUCAUUUAACGGUAAAAAUUUGCUGAAAUAAAAGAUUUGUUCAGUGACCUAUAUUUUGACACAUAUAUUGACAAGUAUGACUGUCAUGACAGUUCUGAGUAUAUUUAACUUUAGAACGUGUUUGCUGCAGCACCCUGUUUCUUACUCCUGAGGCUAUUUUUGCAUAGUCUGAACCUGACAUUAAUCCCUUCCUUAAAAAUAUCACAUAUCACUAUAUUUUUUGUUGAUUGAAUAAGUGAUCAUUUGAUAAAGUUCUUUAGAAGUCUACAUGCAGUGAGUACAUGGAAUUUAGCUGCUUUCCAUCCCUGGUUGGCAAAAUAAAUAUGUUGCACAAAGUCUUGACAGAUUAGAAAACUUAGACUAGCUUUGAUGUAAAUUUACAUAACACUGUAUCAGUGUGUUGAUAUAAACUGCAUGGUAUUAGAGAACAGAGGUAGAAGAACAAAAAGUUACAUUAAGCACUGAUAAUGACAUCACUUUACACCUUGAAGAGAGCAUGUAAUUUGCAGUGUGUUCUCAGGAUCCCUGAGAUGGGGGCUAUGCGUAAGAGUGAGUCAGCUCCGAGGAGAGCCACCUUCAUUUUGGAGGUGGUGGUGGGGCUAAUAAUGAGCCAGUGACAGUCAGACUGUGACCUUGUACCUGUCGCCUAAGGCUCUGCAAUCUUUCAUCCUGUGAUGAUUCACAGCUCACAAAAAUGAUUUUCCAAGUUUAACCCUGUAGAACUAUUUUUUUUUAUGUGGGAUGCAAGCUUUGUCCGCUUGUCCUCUGCAAAUACGUUCAUACACGUGUUCACUGUCCAGCAUACUUGAGAAGCUCAUGCAAUACCUUAUUACUGAUUCAAUUCUUAUUGUCCAGCAUGUACUAUCUCCAUAGUGUCUGGUUUCCAAGCAACAAAUUUACUGUUUAAGCUUUUUCUUCCUGUGUGUGUGGAAAUAUUUUGAAAUAAAUGCAUCUUU